UCCAACCCCAAUCCAGAGACCGGCCUACUACAAUUAAGCGGAAAAAGAAAUUGGGGAAGAAAUUGAACGAAUAAGACAGAACCCAAAUGAUGAAAACAGUGAAACAACCAAGAUUCGUGCCCUCACUCCACAAUCAUCUUGUGGUGACCAUUGAAGGUUAAGAAGUAAGGUUGAAACGUCUUUUCUCUGCUCUUCAAACUGGUUGUGUUCCGGCGUGAAGGAGGUUUUAUUUUGCAACUGAAACUGCAAGUUUGAUUGUGCUACUCCAAGUGCAAAGUAUUAACCAGAUGGAAGGAGAACCGAGAGAUUUAGCUAUUGAAAUGAAAUUUUUAGAGAAAAAAUGGACUAAGAUGCUUCAAAAUGUAGAACCUCCAGAGAUGGAUGAAAUCCAUCGGCAAUGCAUUUAUAGGGUACCACCAAAUAUUCGUGAUCAUAAUCCCAAAGCCUACACACCUCAGACUGUUUCCAUUGGUCCUUAUCAUCACAAAAAUUGUGAGGGAAUGGAAGAGCUUAAACUAAAAUAUCUCAAGGGAUUUCUAAAUCGAACAGAAUUACCUAUAAUGAAAUUUCUUGCCAAAAUUAAAGAUUUGGAAGAAAAAAUUCGAGUUUGUUAUGCAUACCCAAUUAUAUACGACAGUCAUGAUUUCUUAAAUAUGAUUCUAGUUGAUGCUUAUUUUAUAAUUGAGCUUCUUCUAAGAUGGCAUGAAUACCAUGACUGGAAGAAAAAAGAUCCUUUGUUACAAAAGCCAUUGUUGGUCCAGUAUAUUGAGCAUGACUUGUUGCUACUGGAAAAUCAACUUCCAUUCUUUGUUCUUGAACAACUUUACAGCCUCACCGGAAUGGAUGAGAAAUUACUCGACAUUACUUUCGACUAUUUUGAAAGCGCACAAUUAGGAAACGUGUGUCCAACAGAGAGUCCAAAACACUUAACUGAUUUGAUAAGAUCUUCUAUAAUAUCAUCAUCAGAGCUUGGUCUUGGAAAACCCAAAAAAGGCAAAGAAGUUAAUCAUGUAUACAGUGCAAGCCAACUAAUGGAGGCAGGUCUUAAGUUCAGAAUCAGUCCAAAUAAAAGCUUCCUUGACUUGACCUAUUCUAAACAUGGAGUGUUGAGCAUGCCAAUCUUCAAUAUAGAUGACAGUACAGAAGUUUUGUUGAAGAAUAUGAUGGCAUAUGAACAAUGUCACCCUUCUGCCGGAGACAUCAUUAAACAAUAUGUAGCGAUUCUUGAUUUUCUUAUCAAUACUGAAAAAGAUGUCGACGUAGUUAUUGACAAGAAAAUUAUUGUAAAUUUGAUGGGUGAUGCUAAUAAAGUGGUUAUAAUGAUUAAUAAUCUCAGCUCAAAUCUUCCUGCACCAGAUUUCAAUUCACAUUAUUUCUCCAUUUGCAAUAGUUUGAAUGAAUUCUACGAAAAUCCUCGCAACAAGUAUAAGGCUAUCUUCAUACAUGAGUACUUCAACACUCCUUGGAAAAUAGCAUCUACAAUUGCUGCAAUUGUGCUACUUUUGCUCACGUUUAUUCAGACAGUAUGUUCAAUCCUCUCACUAUUUUAGGGUAAUUAAUGAGAUAUGGUCGUUAAAUCAGGAACAAGAACGUCUGUUAAUAGAAGAAGACGUCAAUCCUUGUAUCUGAUUGUCUAAGUUGUAUUUGGAAGAGAAUGUUGUAACAUUAUUCACUUUGUUGUUCCUUUUCUUUCUUCAAAACAAAGAUUCAACUUUAUAUUCUAAUUUUCCUACUUUGUGCUUAACUUUAUUUACCUUUUAU